AUGUCACAGUACUCGGGAAAAAUCGUCUUUUACGAGGGGCGAUGCUUCACGGGCAAGCGUCUGGAGGUAUACGGUGAGUGUGAUAACUUCCAGGACUGGGGCUUCAUGAACCGCGUGAACUCCAUCCGUGUGGAGAGCGGUGCCUGGAUCUGUUACGACCACCCAGACUUCCGAGGACAGCAGUACAUCCUGGAGAGAGGCGAGUACCCAGAAUUUCAGCGCUGGAAUGCCCACAACGACCACAUGGGCUCCUGCAGGACCGUUCGGAUGCAUGGUGAGCGCUACAGAAUUGAACUCUACGAAGGCAACAACUUCUCCGGCCACUGCACAGAGUUCUGUGAGGACUGCCCCUUUCUGCAAGGCCGCGGGUUCAGCAGCGACCGUGUCAAUUCCCUCCGGGUCUAUGGCGAUGGCGCAUGGGUACUGUAUGAGGAGCCCAACUACCGAGGCCGAAUGUACAUCGUGGAGAGGGGGAACUACUGUGAUUUUGGCGAGUGGCAUGCCCAGAACCCCCACAUCCAGUCCAUCCGACGAGUUGUCAACUACUUUUAA